AUGUUUGCGGUACACUUGAUGGCAUUUUACUUCACCAAGCUGAAGGAGGAUCAGAUCAAGAAGGUGGACAGGUUCCUGUAUCACAUGCGGCUCUCCGAUGAGACCCUUUUGGACAUUAUGGCUCGGUUCCAGGCUGAAAUGCAGAAGGGCCUGGGGAAGGACACCAACCCCACAGCGUCGGUGAAGAUGCUGCCCACAUUUGUCAGGGCCAUUCCAGAUGGCUCAGAAAACGGGGAGUUUCUUUCCCUGGAUCUUGGAGGAUCUAAGUUUCGAGUCUUGAAGGUGCAAGUCUCCGAAGAGGGGAAACGAAAUGUCCAGAUGGAGAGUCAGUUCUACCCAACACCCAAUGAAAUUAUCCGAGGGAAUGGCACAGAGCUGUUUGAAUACGUAGCUGACUGUCUGGCAGAUUUCAUGAAAACCAAAGAGCUGAUGCAGAAGAAAUUACCUCUUGGCCUAACCUUUUCUUUUCCCUGCAAACAGACUAAAUUAGAAGAGGGUGUCCUGCUUUCAUGGACAAAGAAGUUUAAGGCGCGGGGAGUUCAGGACACAGACGUAGUGAGCUCUCUGGCCAACGCUAUGAGAAAACACAAGGACUUAGAUGUGGACAUCCUGGCUUUGGUCAAUGACACCGUGGGGACCAUGAUGACGUGCGCCUAUGAUGAUCCCUACUGUGAAGUUGGUGUCAUCAUUGGCACCGGCACCAACGCGUGCUACAUGGAGGACAUGAGCAACAUCGAGCUGGUGGAAGGCGACGAAGGGAGGAUGUGCAUCAACACCGAGUGGGGGGCGUUCGGGGACGACGGGGCCCUGGAGGACAUCCGUACCGAGUUCGACCAGGAGCUGGACCUCGGCUCUCUCAACCCCGGGAAGCAGCUGUUUGAGAAGAUGAUCAGCGGCCUGUACUUAGGUGAACUCGUCAGGCUCAUCUUGCUGAAGAUGGCCAAGGCAGGUCUCCUGUUUGGCGGCGAGAAAUCCUCCGCUCUCCACAUUAAGGGCAAGAUUGAAACACGGCACGUGGCUGCCAUGGAGAAGUAUAAAGAAGGCCUGGCUAAUACAAGAGAGAUCCUGACGGAUCUGGGCCUGGAGCCUUCAGAGGCUGACUGCAUCGCGGUCCAGCACGUCUGCACCAUCGUUUCCUUCCGCUCAGCCAAUCUCUGUGCAGCGGCCCUGGCAGCCAUCCUAACACGCCUGCGGGAGAACAAGAAGCUGGUGCGGCUCCGGACCACGGUGGGCAUGGAUGGCACACUCUACAAGAUCCACCCCCAAUACCCAAAACGCCUGCACAAGGUGGUGAGGAGACUGGUCCCGAACUGUGACGUCCGCUUCCUCCUGUCGGAGAGUGGCAGCACCAAGGGGGCCGCCAUGGUAACCGCAGUGGCCUCCCGCGUGCAGGCCCAGCGGAAGCAGAUUGACAAGGUGCUAGCUUUGUUCCGGCUGACCCGAGAGCAACUUGUGGACAUUCGGGACAAGAUGCGGGUUGAGUUCGAGUACGGGCUGAAGAGGGACACCCACCCGCUGGCCACGGUCAAGAUGCUGCCCACCUACGUCUGCGGGAUGCCAGAUGGCACAGAGAAAGGAAAGUUCCUCGCCCUGGAUCUGGGGGGAACCAACUUCCGGGUCCUCCUGGUGAAGAUCAGAAGCGGACGGAGGUCAGUGCGAAUGUACAACAAGAUCUUCGCCAUCCCCCUGGAGAUCAUGCAGGGCACUGGCGAGGAGCUGUUUGACCACAUUGUGCAGUGCAUCGCUGACUUCCUGGACUACAUGGGCCUCACGGGAGCCCAGCUGCCUUUGGGCUUCACAUUCUCAUUUCCCUGCAGGCAGGCGAGCAUUGACAAGGGAACACUCAUUGAGUGGACCAAAGGCUUCAAGGCUACUGACUGUGAAGGGGAAGAUGUGGUGGACAUGCUCAGGGAAGCCAUCAAGAGGAGAAAUGAGUUUGACCUGGACAUAGUUGCAGUUGUGAAUGACACAGUGGGGACUAUGAUGACCUGUGGCUAUGAAGAUCGUAAUUGUGAAGUUGGCCUGAUUGCAGGAACAGGCAGCAACAUGUGCUACAUGGAGGAGAUGAGGAACAUUGAACUGGUGGAAGGGGAUGAAGGGAAGAUGUGCAUAAACACAGAGUGGGGAGGAUUUGGAGAUAAUGGCUGCCUAGAUGACAUCCGGACCCAGUAUGACAAGGAGGUGGACGAGGGGUCCUUGAAUCCUGGCAAACAGAGAUACGAGAAAAUGACCAGUGGGAUGUACCUGGGGGAGAUCGUGCGGCAGAUCCUGAUUGACUUGACCAAGCAGGGUCUCCUCUUCAGAGGGCAGAUUUCAGAGCGUCUCCGGACCAGGGGCAUCUUUGAAACCAAGUUCUUGUCUCAAAUUGAAAGCGAUCGGCUGGCCCUCCUCCAGGUCAGGAAGAUCCUGCAGCAGCUUGGCCUGGACAGCACGUGUGAGGACAGCAUCGUGGUGAAGGAGGUGUGCGGAGCUGUGUCCCGGCGGGCGGCCGAGCUCUACGGCGCUGGCUUGGCCGCCAUCGUGGAGAAAAGGAGGGAAGACCAGGGGUUUGAGCACCUGAAGAUCACCGUGGGUGUGGAUGGCACCCUGUACAAGCUGCACCCGCACUUUUCUCGGAUAUUGCAGGAAACUGUGAAAGAACUAGCUCCUCGAUGUGAUGUGACAUUCAUGUUGUCAGAAGAUGGGAGUGGAAAGGGAGCAGCUCUGAUCACUGCUGUGGCCAAGAGGUUACAGCAGGCACAGAGGGAGAACUAG